GGAAAAAGUAACGCUGCUUUUUAAACGACAGUUCCCGUCUCCGGUACAAAAUAGUUACGAUGUUAGAUACUCAAAGACCGUCUAAUGCGUCCCAGCGAAGCGGCGGGGCCUGUGUGAGAGCCAGCAAUACAGCAGGUACUGCGCGAGGGGGCAUCUGAACACAGGGCUGUUUGUGUCUGGGGAAGGGGGGGCCGCCGGCUCCCAUCCGCACUGCCUUACUCCGAAGGUCAGGGGCUCCCGGCAUGGGAAGUGAAGGAUUUUGUGUUCCCGGACUGGAGAGAGGACCGGCAGCGGCUGGAGACAGGAUGAGAGGUUAUGAAGACAGCAUGGAGUUUCCAGACCACAGCAGACAUUUGCUACAGUGUCUGAGUGAGCAGAGGCACCAAGGCUUCCUGUGCGACUCCACCGUGCUAGUCGGCGAUGCCCAGUUCCGGGCCCACCGUGCCGUGCUGGCAUCCUGCAGCAUGUACUUCCACCUCUUUUACAAGGACCAGCUGGACAAAAGGGACAUUGUUCAUCUGAACAGCGACAUUGUCACGGCGCCGGCCUUUGCGCUCCUGCUCGAAUUCAUGUACGAGGGGAAGCUUCAGUUCAAAGCGCUGCCCGUGGAGGACGUGCUGGCCGCCGCCAGCUACCUCCACAUGUAUGACAUCGUCAAGGUCUGCAAGAAGAAGCUGAAGCAGAAGGCCACGGCUGAGGCAGACAGCACGCGGCGCGAGGAGGAUGCCUCCAGCUGCUCCGAUAAGGUGGAGAGCUUCUCGGAGGGCAGCACGGGCCACCCGGCCGCCGGAGACCUACUGCCCAGUGACGACGAGGACCUGGACGCCAAGAGGGACCCACUGCAUGAGCCGGGCAGCAUGUGGAUGCGGCUGCCUUCUGACCCCGCCGGGACUCCGGGGGGCACCCGCAGCGGGGAGGCGGAGACGCACACAGCGGAUGCGGGGAAACCGUCACCCGCCGGAAGCCCGUGCAGCUCCGCCGGCUCCCUGUCCCGCCGCUCGGCCUCUUCCCACGGGGCUGCCGCGGACGCCGACUGCGCCUUGGACCUCUCGGUGAAGUCCAGCCUGGCUGGGACUCCCGGAGAGGCGGUGGCUGCCGGCACCGGCACCCCAAGUAACCCUUACUACUGCGGUGCGCCGGCCUCCGACGGCCUCCCAGGCGGCCUGGUGCAGGUGAAGGUGGAGAAGGACACGGGCUCCGACGACGAGGAGCUGGCCAGCGGAGACUACGAGAUGGACCACAGUGGUGUCAAGGAGCCGCCGCCCAGCACCAACGGUGCCACCGGCACUCACCGCAGGCUGGGCUACGAGGCGCACCUUUCGGCGUUGCGCGACUCCUCGCUGGCCGGUGAGCUGGAGCGGGAGGACAAGGCCAGCGAGGACGACGAGAUGCUGAGCCCCGAGAGCGAGCGGGCGCAGGCUGAGGCCGCCGCCAUCGACGGCUCCCUGCUGCCCUAUGUCUCCAACAUGCUGGGAGCCCCCCAUGGUCAGAUUUUCAUGUGUCCCCUGUGCAGUAAGGUCUUCCCCAGCCCCCAUAUCCUCCAGAUCCACCUCAGCACGCACUUCCGCGAGCAGGAGGGAGUGCGUUCCAAGCCGGCCGGCGACGUCAACGUGCCCACCUGCUCCAUCUGCGGCAAGACUUUCUCCUGCAUGUACACGCUGAAGCGGCACGAGCGGACUCACUCCGGCGAGAAGCCCUACACCUGCGCCACGUGCGGCAAGAGCUUCCAGUACUCGCACAACCUGAGCCGGCACGCCGUGGUGCACACGCGCGAGAAGCCGCACGCCUGCAAGUGGUGCGAGCGCCGCUUCACGCAGUCCGGGGACCUCUACCGACACAUCCGCAAGUUCCACUGCGAACUGGUCAACUCGCUCUCUGUCAAAAGCGAGGCCCUCAACCUGCCCAACGUGCGGGACUGGGCUCUCGAGGACAGCUCUCAGGAACUGUGGAAAUGAACAGCAGAAGACAAGUGACAGGAAAAAAGCAACAAAAAAAGACUCUUUUUUUUGAGUUCUAGAGAAAUCUGAAUUACGUUACCUGGCAGAGAGGUAAGGGAAUGGGGCUCGGGAUGUGGGACGGCCAGAGGUCAGCGGUAGAGUCUAAAUCAGUCAUGUUUCUCGUCCUUUUCGGCGCAAACCUUGCUAAACUGCACUUUAGUAGCACAUCGAAAAUGUUACUGCUGAUGUUUAUUUCCUGUUAUUUAAUUCUAUAAUUGUAUAUUGUUCCCUUAAAGUGACUGGAAUUUUUUUUCAGGUUUUGUACAGAAACACAGACUCAAGAGGCUGGUGUCAAUAAUUGUUGUUUUUUUUUUUUUGUUAAACACAUAUAUUUAGUUUCCUUUCUUUUUCCUUUGAGACCAGAGUAUAAUGCAUCCAAGACUUUAUGUGCUCUUGAGCUCUCUGUUGGCAAAUUUAUUUGUAAAACUGCAAAUUCUUCACACCAUUUUCAAGAUCGCAAAUAACACACUGGAGAGAGAAAAAAAAAAAAGAUUUAAAUACACUAAACGGGUACUGUGAACGUAAAUACACAGCAGAGCACAUAUCCAGCGUAUGUGCACAUAUCUGUGUGUGUACUGUGCACUACUGUACUUUCCUUGGCAUUUCUCAUACCUGGUGAUCUUCAGUUAUAUUUUGGAAAGAAGCCUGGUUGCUGACAGAUAAAACACUUCCAUUACUGAACGUAAGGCUUUUUUUUGUAUGUAAAGUAGGAAACUUGACUGAUGAAAGACAAUAUGGUAAUCAUGCAAUGUACAGCAUCCUUUUUUGACAAUUUUAAAUCUUUUUUUUAUUCUUUAUAAUUAUGAUAAACCGACUUUGCUUUUACUUGCAUAGUUACCGUCGUUAGACAUAUCCCUUGUAAAACUAAAAAAAAAAUCUUAUGUUGACUGUAUAGAUUUCUAUAGUGAUUAAGGAGAUAUUUUUCUGUCUCAAAAAUGGGAUCUGUUGUUGCAUGAAGUCCAAGCUGUAUAAUAAAACAUGUGAAUUGCUGUAUUACUGUAAACUGUAAUUGAUCAGAUACCAGACAGACUGUGCCAAUAUUCCCAGGUUCAGUCUGUUAAAAUCGUAAAUGUAACAGCUAUGGAAAAAUGCAUGAAUUUGAUUUAUUUUAAGAUUUUUUUGUUGUUGUUUUGCAUCUGGAGAGUGUGUUUUAAAUUAAUUGAUUAUUUUAAUUUCAGGGUAAAAUAGAAUUUUUUCCCCUUUUCUUUAUUAUGUGGUUUUGAGCUCCUAUGGAUUGAUCUGUGGGACAGAGAAGAUUUUGUACAAAUGCACUGUUAAGUUUUAAGUAUGUGUAGAAUUGUACCAGUUUGCGACCUCCGUCUGACAGAUCCUCAGUGUAGGGGACACGCUAGCACUGGCUUAUCCUUUCGAAGACUUAUCAGUCUGUCAAGCUCUGCAUUGCUAGACUGUCAUGAGUUCAGGUCCGCAUCUGCUGUCUAUAUCAAAACAAGGAUUGACCUUUUCCUUUUUUUUUUUAAUCUCAUAUUUAAAAAGUAAGCUGUCUGCUUUGUCAGUAAUUUAUUUAUUUAUGUUUUGAUUUGGCACUUGCUGCGAACUUGAAAAGCUGAGGUCUUUUUUCUUUAGAAAAACUCACCUGCACGAGCCUGAAUACACCUGAAGUUAUUUCACGCAAACAGCAGAAAAAAAGAAGUCUGUGAAAUCUAAUUUUGUCACACUCCCAUGCAUCUGUAUGUGUCUGCGAACAUGAGUGUUCCCACGCAAGCAUUGCGGACUUCUCCCUCAUAGAUAUAUGCAGGCACACACCUGGCAUUCAAGAGACCACACUUAACCAGAACACACUUGGAAUAAUUGAUUUUUUUCCCUCUUGUAUUAAAUUCAACCUCAUUUAGAUGUCUCUUUAGGUAUGGGAGUCCUUUAUGGAAACAAAAAUAUCUUUGCUCCAAAGCCCUUGGGCUUGUUAAUACAUCAGAGAAAAUCUUUACAAUAACAGAAGGCAGAAUUAUCUUUAGCGAUUUUGUGUUUCAAUUGGACACAAAUGUUUUGUAAAGGAUUAUUUUCAAAGAACUGCUUCCUGUUGGGGGGGGGGGGAGAAAUGGUGCUAACAAAACUGUAUAAAAUGGCUCGACAUGUGGCUUUCGCGUUUUUGUGCUUUCGUGAACGUUCACAGUCGAUAUUCCCUUCAGCGAAACUGUCCGCAAUUUUCCUGAGAAAUUCCAAGACGCAUUAAGGCCACACAGCCUGGAUCAUACUUGCUCUCGCUCGCUCUCUAUCUCUCUCUCUUUCUGUCUCUCUCUCUCUUUCUCUCUCCCUUUCUUUCUUUCUCUCUCUCUCUGGGAGAAAAGGGAAAAAAACAACUAUUUAAACAUAAAUAAAUAGAAAAUCCCUGCCCUAGGUUGAGAGGUGAAAGACGAAAUGCUAAAGCUUUGGCUUGACAGGAGGUCCCUUGUACGCACGAGAGGUGCUGGGCUCUGUACUACUGCUGGAAUGACUGGCUAGUCCUUCCAUGCUCAGGGGGUUGGUUUACUCUGCAGAGCAUGUGAGAGCUACAUCAGCUGGUGAAGGCCACACUCCGUACACGUUGCACAUGGCAAUUAGCAUUUUGCACAGUGGUAAUUCUCCCCCAUUUGCACUCACCAGUAAUUUGUAUGGAAUAUCAUGGAAAAAACAUCAUCUGUGGUUUAGUUCUUGUUUUUUUUUUAAGCUUACUUUUUCUUAAUUGUACUUGACCGCCUUAAACUACUGUAAACAGCUUGUUUUUGUUCUGAAGGUUAUUACUGGCAUCAAAUUGUGUAUUACUGGACUGUUUUAUUUGAUAUUUUCCUUAACAAAAGAAAGCUGUGAAAAAAUAACCUGUUAAGCAUCUCCAUUUAUCUUUGGUGACUUGAAAACAGGAAAGGUCUGGUGUAAAAUAAAAAAUGAAAAAAUAAUUAAAAAAAAAAGAAAAAAGGUUGAAAUGUAGGGGACACUGUAAAGAGGAAAGGGAGAAUGAAAAUAAUUGUCAGAAAAAGACAAUCACUGUCUGAAAAGAAGCUGAUUUAAUUCAGAAUACUCACUUUUAUUGGCCAUCCCUCUGAAGUGUUGUUCCAUUGACAUUGUUCAUUGUUUAUUUUUUGGAUGUAGACAUUUAGCUUUGACAAUCAUAGUAUGUUUUAUUUUCUCAAGGGGAGUAAUUUAUGAGCCUGUUUAGUUUUGUACUUUUUGGUGUGCUGUUGGUGAAAUUUUUAAAUUGUGUGCUAACUGCAAUAAAUUAUAAGAACCUGAAACCUCA